AUGUAUGAAAACCUGCACUUCUCCAGGUCCCCCCUGGGAUGGAGCACAACCCCCAGGGUGCAGGGGGCAGCCCCCCCAGGCCCAGGCAAGGCCGAUGACACCUAUGAGACCCUUGAGAUGAGCCCUGUGGACAAGGGACUGGCCAAGAACAAGGCCCAGGAGCCCACAGACUGGCAGCAGGAGCAGUGUCUAGGGCAGGCAGGCAAGGCACCAUCACAGGCCCAGGACCAGGUGGCACAGCCCAGGGCAGCGUUGGUGCAGGCACAGCAGAAGGGGAAAUGCAGCCAGAAGGAGCUGCACCAGCUCGGCACAGAACUGAAGGAAGCCAAGGCAUCUCUGGCGCUGGCCCAAGUGGAGCUGGCAUGGGCACAAGAGCAAGCCCGGAGCCUGCAGCAGCAGCUAAACAAAUCUUCAGGAUCCAAGACCAAUGCACAGAUCUGCCAGGUCACAGGUUGCUGCCCAGAGACCUGGGUGCUGCACAGCGGGAAGUGUCUGUUCCUCUCCAAGCAGAAGAAAACAUGGCAUGAAAGCAAAGAAGCAUGUGAAUGGGAAUCCUCCCGGCUUCUUGUCAUCCGGGACUGGGACAACACAACCAUGCCGAGCUUCCUGGCCAACACAAAUGCCUUGUACUGGAUUGGGCUCUGGCAAGACCCAGACAGGGAGGGUCGGUGGACUUGGAUCGAUGGGACUCUAUACCCAGAAAGUUGGAAGUUUAAAGGUCCGGGUCAUUAUGGAGCAAUUAAGGGGGGCAUCAUUGAGAAACCAAGCUCAUAUGUUCACCUUCAUUCGGUCUGUGAGAAGCCGACCAGGCACCACUGA